AUGAUUUUCUAGAAUGCCUAAAAAUACAGUCUAAGUAGGAAGCUCACACAAGUUAUUGCUGAUGACACCCAAGACCAUAUACGAUCUGAUUUCAAACGACCUCUCACAUCUAUGGUUAUGAAGGCUGUUGUGAUAGUGACCUUUCUCCUUCACUGUGUGGGACAAAGGCAGAUACUAGGGCAGGAACCAUUGUGCCAAUCUUUGCCUUCAUGUUCUGAAUGUAUAAGGAGUCCUGGAUGUGCGUGGUGCACACAGACGGGCUUCCUGAAAUCAGGUGAGUCUAAUGAACGGCGCUGUGAUACUCCUGAGUCUCUUAAGACUAGAAGCUGUAAAGAGGACUAUGUGAUCAAUCCUGUAAAACAUCCCAAGACCUACAUGAAGAACAAUGACCUCAGCAGUGAUGCUGAAAAUGUGGUCCAACUUAAACCUCAGAAUGUCAAGAUUAAACUCCGAGUUGGAGUUCCAUAUGAAUUCAACAUUGAGUUCAAGAGGGCGCAGGGUUACCCUAUAGACCUGUACUACCUAAUGGAUCUGAGCUAUUCCAUGAAAGAUGAUCUGGAGCAAAUUAAAACCCUGGGGCAGAAAAUCCUCAGAAAGCUGAAGGAGAUCACACAGACUGUUCGGAUCGGUUUUGGCUCUUUUGUUGAUAAGGAGAUGUUGCCGUACGUCAGUCAAGUGAAGGCGAAACGUCAGAACCCCUGCCCCAAUCGUAUAGAUACCUGCCAACCAGCUUUUAGUUUUCAAAAUGUCCUGCCAUUGACUGACAAUGCCAAGGAGUUUGAAAAUGAGGUUAGCAAACAGAAAAUCUCUGGCAACCUAGACUCCCCUGAGGCUGGUCUGGAUGCUAUAAUGCAGGCUGCAGUCUGUAAGGAUAAGAUCAAAUGGGGGGAUGUGACACGGAUUCUGGUUUACACAUCUGAUGAUACUUUCCACAUGGCAGGCGAUGGACGACUAGCUGGGGUCUUUCAGCCACACAAUGGACAAUGUCAUCUUAAUGACAAAGGCUCUUAUGAUGGAAAAUCUUAUGAUUACCCAUCAGUGGGCCAUCUAUCAAGAGUUCUGCAGGAUAACAAUAUUCAGCUGAUAUUUGCAGUGACUGAGGGCAUCUAUCCAGCAUAUAAGGCAUUGAGUGCAUUGAUUCCUCAGUCUGUGGUUGGUGUUUUGAAGAAUGACUCCAGCAAUGUGGUUGAUCUCAUCUCUGAAGCCUAUGGGAACUUGUCGUCCACUCUGGUGUUGGAGCAGGAGGGAGCUCCAGAAGAACUGCAUGUGUCCUACAGGUCCAACUGUAAAGGGAAUCAGGCAGACACAAAAUGGAAGGAGAAAGGAGAGUGUAAAGGCAUCAAACAUGAGAAGGUGGAAUUCCAAGUACGUUUGAAUGUGACUAAGUGUCUAAUGAAGCCUCAGACAUUUCGGAUCAAAAUGCAAGGCAUCAGUGAGGAAGUUAAGGUCAAUGUGGAUACAGUGUGCGACUGUGACUGUGAUCCACCAGAGGAGUCCUCUCAACACUGUAAUGGCACAGGAACUUUGUCAUGCGGUGUGUGCAGUUGUAAGGGAGGUUAUUUGGGUCAGCACUGCGAGUGUGAACAGAAGGAUAUGAACUCUACCCUUACAAUGAUGCCGUCUUGUCGUCCUGACAACCACUCACAGAUUUGCACUGGGAACGGCAUCUGUGAGUGUGGCAAGUGUGUGUGUCAUGGCCAGUACAAUGGGGAGUACUGCCAGUGUGAUGACAGUAGUUGCGAACGUCAUGACAACAAGUUGUGUAACGGGAAAGGCUCAUGUAAAUGUGGCACGUGUUUGUGUGAGGAAGACUACACAGGGACAGCAUGCGAUUGCUCGCCAAGCACAGACAAGUGUGAGGGUAAAAUGGGGCUUUGCAGUGGCCAAGGUGAAUGCAUUUGCAACCAAUGUAAGUGUAAGGAUGGCUUCAGGGGAGAUCACUGCUCUGUGUUCAUCAAUGUAUGCACACGAUUUAAGGACUGUGUGGCAUGUUAUGUGGAUAAGUUUUCUGAAGCUGUCUGUGCUAAAAGGUGUUGGAAUGCUAAAAUAGUUCAUCUUGAGGGCACUCAUGAGCUGCAGUGCACAUAUAAAGACACCAAUUCCUAUGUAGUUGAACUUGGCUCUAAAGGCGAAAUUCUGCUUCAGUAUGCUGAGCUGCCACGUUCCAUCGAUAAGACUACAGUUAUAAUUGGCAGCUCUGUGUCAAGCAUAAUUGUUAUUGGCAUUGUAAUAAUAAUUAUUUACCGUGUCCUGCUGGAGUUGUAUGACAUUAGAGAAUAUCAAAACUUUGUCAAAGCACAAAAACAGACUGAAUGGAAAGAGGUUCAGAAUCCCCUUUUCCAAGGUGCCACAACAACAGUGCUCAACCCUUUGCAUGUGCAAGAUGAUGAGUGACAUCAGGUCUCCAUCAGUUAUUUCAUUUAAAGAGAUGGAGGAUCUUUGAAAAAUUGUUAUUGUAAUAUCAUUUUGUAUUUUGCAUAGCUUUUUUGUUGAAUAUCUUACACUGUGCCAAUUUAACUUGUUUAACUAAAAAAAAAUUAUAUUCUAAGCUAGCAAUAAAAUAUGUAAAACAUGACAAUGUAGAAGAACAUUUAUAUUGUCAUACAUAUAUGAAUUCUGUUGUUCAUAUUAAAACGAGAAUAGGAUUGUUAUAAAUAUUGUGAUAUACUCUGUGAAUAAGCAUGCAAAUGCAUCAAAUUAAAGACAAGUCUUGAGUUGCACUUAUGAUAAAAUUUGCCAAGGCUCAAUUGUCUUUUUUUUUUUUAUUAUUAUUUAUUUUUAUCCGUAUAAAAACAAUAUUAAACGUGCCUUAAAAUAAAUUUCAUGAAACAAA